GAAGUGGAGUCCUCUUGGCAGCGAGCGGAUAUGACGGCCGCGUUGAGUGGGUUGUAGCUGGGUGUCGUCUGCAGUCUGCUGCGCCGUAGUUGGAUGAAUCAGUCGACGUUGACAGUCCUUGGGACAUGACUGUGCUUUUGUAGUAGAGAGAGAGCUAACUGUAGCUAGACCGUUAGCUGGUUGUCAGGUUUUUUUUUUGGGGGGGACAACAUUAGCCGAAGGAAGCGGUGUCCGAGUGCCAACGCGUUGUCUGGACAAGUGUUUUUUUUUUGUUGUUUUUUUCCCGUUAGCCUUAAUAUUUUUUUAUACAGCGGCGUUGAUGAUGUUUUCUGAGAAAAUAAUCUAACUUAACUUUAGCUAGAUGGCUAGCUAGCUUGUCAUCAACUUGUGAAUCUCAUAACUUGGUCACCGUGUGGGCCACAACAAGCUCACAGGCUGUCAGCUAGCUGCUAGCCGUCAUUUAGAAAGCCCGGUGGCAUAACAACGUGCACCGGGAGACCGAUCGGUACAGCCGGCAGUAAAACAAACAAACAACAACAAAAAUUGCUAGCAUAUUGAAGCUAGCCGGUUAGAAAUUGUACUAUGAAAAAAGCUCAGUCUGACACAUUGGGUUUUGCUCCUCAGAAAGACAUCGUAUACAACAAACUUCUGCCGUACGCGGACAGGUUAGACGAUGAGUCAAAUGAUCUUUUGAGUAAAAUCAAAGGGAACUUGUGCCGAGCUGUUCAGCUCAGAGAAAUAUGGCCCGGUGUUUUGUUUUGGACGAGGAAACUUUCCACGUACAUGAGACUGUACGGGCGGAAGUUCAGCAAAGAAGACCAUGUGCUGUUCAUCAAGCUGCUCUAUGAGCUAGUGACGAUCCCCAGGCUGGAGAUCAGCAUGAUGCAGGGCCUUGCUCGGCUCCUUAUCAAUCUCCUCAAGAAAAGGGAACUACUGUCAAGGGAGGACCUUGAGCUGAGCUGGAGACCACUGUACGAGCUGCAUGACAGGAUUCUUUUCUCCAAGACCGAGCAUCUGGGUCUCAACUGGUUUCCCAAUUCUCCACGGCCUCGUUCAUCCUUUAAACUCAUAAUGCUAAAAUUGGUUCAGAGGUGCUCUGUGGAAGGUGUACUGAAAACACUCGUGAAAAGCUGCAGACCAUACUUUUCAGAGUCUGCUACUCAGGAGAUGCUGGAUGAGUGGAGACCCCUCCUCUGUCCCUUUGAUGUCACCAUGCAAAGAGCAAUCAGCUACUUUGAGCUCUUUCUACCUACGACUUUGCCUCCAGAGCUGCACCACAAGGGGUUCAAGUUGUGGUUCGACGAGUUAAUCAGCUUAUGGGUUUCUGUGCAAAAUCUUCCAAGCUGGGAAGUGCAUCUGGUCAGUCUCUUUGCCCGCUUGGCCAACGACAACAUCGGCUACAUUGAUUGGGACCCUUACAUCCCUAAGAUUUUCACAAGAAUUUUGAGGAGUUUGAAUCUCCCUGUGGGAACCAGUCAGAUGAUGGUACCUCGAUAUGUCACCAAUGCCUACGACAUCAGCCAUGUGGUGCUUUGGGUCUCAUCCCUCCUGGGAGGACCCAGCAAACAAGCACAAGCACAGCUCAGUGGCCUUUUCAACAGUAUCGCAUCCUUCUUCCAUCCGUCAAACCAUGGCCGCUGGUUGAUGAAACUCAUGAAGCUGCUCCAGCGUCUCCCGGCCAGCGUGGUACGCCGGCUCCACCGAGAGCGCUACAGAAAGCCCACGUGGCUAACACCAAUACCAGACAGUCACAAGCUCACAGAGGAGAAUAUAACAGACUUUGUGGAGAGCAUGAUCCAGCCGGUCCUGCUGGCCAUGUUCAGCAAGACGGGCAGUCUGGAUGCAGCACAGGCCCUGCAAAAUCUCGCUCUAAUGAGGCCUGAGUUGGUCAUUCCCCCCGUGCUGGAGAAAACAUACCCCGCUCUGGAGACUCUAACAGAGCCCCACCAGCUGACAGCCACUCUGAGCUGCAUGAUUGGUGUGGCCCGGAGCCUAGUGUCAGGUGGGCACCGCUUUCCUGAGGGACCCACUCACAUGCUGCCCCUGCUCAUGAGGGCUCUGCCAGGCGUCGACCCGAAUGACUUCAGCAAGUGCAUGAUCACAUUCCAAUUUAUUGCUACAUUUGUGACUCUUGUGCCUUUGGUGGACUGUUCGUCUGCCCUACAUGAAAGAACAGACUUGACAGAGGUAGAAAGAGAGAUGUGCUCGGCCUCAGCCGAGUUUGAAGACUUUGUGCUUCAGUUCAUGGACAGAUGCUUUGCCCUGAUCGACAGCAGCACUCUGGAACAAACACGAGAGGAAACAGAAACAGAGAAAAUGACUCAUCUGGAGAGUCUGGUAGAGCUCGGCCUGUCUUCCACCUUUAGCACCAUCCUCACACAGUGCUCCUUGGACAUCUUCAAGGUGGCACUGGAUAAGGUGUUCAACUUUGCGACCACAAACAUCUUUGAGACGCGAGUGUCUGGGAGAAUGGUGGCUGACAUGUGCAGAGCUGCUUCCAAGUGUAACCCCGCAGAGUCACUCAAGAAGUUUGUGCCGCACUGCUGUAAUGCCAUAAACCAAAUCGCUGUCAAUGAGGAAGUGUCGAAUGAGGAGGAGCUCGACAAGGAGCUGUUGUGGAAUCUCCAGCUACUGUCCGAGGUGACUCGGGUGGACGGUGACAAGGUCCUGCCCUAUCGAUCAGAGCUGGUCCAGAUUUUGCAGUUGACGCUUCACCUCAAGUGUAAGCAGGGCUACACUCUAGCUUGCAACCUGCUGCACCACAUCCUUCGCUCCUCAGCCCUCAUCUACCCCACAGAGUACUGCAGUGUGCCAGGAGGCUUCCAUCAACCAAUCAGUGACUACCUACCCAUCAAGGACUGGGGUCGGCCUGGGGACCUGUGGAAUUUGGAUAUCCGGUGGCAUGUGCCCAGUGUUGAGGAGACCUCCUUUGUUUUUUAUUUACUGGACCUGAUCCUCCAGCCUGAACUUCAGCGCCUUCAGAGGUUUGCACAGGGAGAGCAGGACAUGAGCAGAGACGAUGUCCUACAGAGCCUGACCAUUGUUCAGCACUGCCUCCUAGGAGCUGGGGGUCUGAUGCCUCCACUAAAAGGAGAGCCCAUCCCUGAGCUGGUCCACAGCAUGGUGAAUCUAGAUGAGACCACCCUCUACACGGGAACAGAGUAUGAUAAAUCAAGAGAAAACUACAGAGAUGCCGUCUGUGGUGUGAUGAGACAGCUGCUACAUUACAUCCUGGAGCACUCUGAAGAUGACACCAAGUCUCUUUUCUCCAUCAUCAAGAUCAUCAGCGACCUGCUGCAUUUCAAAGGUUCUCACAAGCACGAGUUUGACUCCCGCUGGAAGAGCUUCAACCUUGUGAAGAAAUCAAUGGAAAACAGGCUUCAUGGCAGAAAGCAGCACAUCAGAGCUCUGCUAAUAGACAGAGUCAUGCUCCAGCAUGAGCUGCGAAAGCUGACAGUGGAGGGAUGUCAGUACAGGAGCAUUCACCAGGAGCUGAUGAGAGAUCUGUUGAGGCUUUCCACAAGCACCUACAGUCAAGUUCGCAGCAGAGCUCAAAAUGUGUUGUUCACUGCACUGGGAACCUACAAUUUCUGCUGCAGAGAUCUUAUCCCCCAUGUCCUGGAGUUUCUCAACCCGGACAAUGGCAGCGUCACUCAGCAGCAGUUCAAAGGUGCCUUGUACUGUCUUCUGGGGAAUCACAGUGGAGUGUGCCUGGCAAAUUUGCACGACUGGGAAUGCAUUGCUCUCACAUGGCCCGCCGUUGUCCGCUCUGGCCUCAGCUCCGCCAUGUCUCUGGAGAAGCCCUCAAUCGUGCGGCUCUUUGAUGACCUCGCAGACAAAAUCCAUCGCCAGUAUGAGACCAUCGGCAUCGACUUCUCUGUAAGAAAAACAUCAAGAACACAAAUGGAAGAAGAUAGUUGUGUCCCUGCUGAGUGCUGUGCGGUGGCCAAACAACUUAUGAUUACGGGAAAUCCUUUUCCCAAGGAUCCUGUUCCUUCAGAAGAAGAAGCAGCAGAGGGUCUAAAGAGGCAGGAGAUCAAGAACUCUGAGUCUGUUGAGAAAUACAAACAGCUCAUUGGUGAUCUGCUGGGGUGCAUCAACAACAGAAACAUGCCUUGGAAGUUUGAACACAUUGCAAUCGGCUUCUUGUCAUUGUUGCUGAGAGACGACCACCAACUCCCACCGCCGGCCAUUACAUUCUUUGUCAAGAGCCUCAACCAUGACUCCCUCUAUGUCCGCAAGGUGGCGAUAUCAGCUGUGGCAGGGAUAAUGAAACAAAUAAAGAGAUCACAUAAGAAAGUCCCCGUCAGCCCCUCUGAACUUUGUGGAGUGAAGGAGCUAAGUGAUAUGGUAGCAGGGGACCGUCAAGACAACCAGUGGCUCCAGUACAACAGCAGCAACCUUCCACGCACACAGCAGGACUGGGAUGGCUGUGUGUUUGUGGAGAAGACUCACUGGGGAUACUAUAGCUGGCCAAGAAAACUGUUGAUGUAUGCACCCCAGGAGGAGCAACCCAAACACAACCUGACCAGAGAGGAAAUGACAGAGCGGGAGCAGAUCAUCUUUGACCAUUUCUCGGACCCAGUGUUCAUCAACCAGUUCAUUGAGUUUCUCUCUCUUGAGGACCGUAAAGGCAAGGACAAGUUCAGCCCUCGCAGGUUCUGUUUGUUCAAGGGAUUGUUCCGCAACUUCAGCGACGCUUUUCUACCUCUGCUCCAGCCGCACAUGGAGCGUCUGGUGGCUGACUCCCACGAGAGCAAACAGCGCUGUGUCGCAGAGAUCAUCUCUGGACUGAUCAGAGGCUGCAAGCACUGGAGCUACUCAAAGGUUGAGAGCCUUUGGGAGCUGUUGUGUCCACUGCUCCGUACCGCCCUGUCCAACAUCACAAUUGAAACCUAUGCAGACUGGGGCACCUGCAUUGCCACGGCCUGUGAGAGCAGGGACCCACGUAAGCUACACUGGCUGUUUGAGAUGCUAAUGGAGUCUCCAGUCAAUGGAGAGGGGGGCUCCUUUGUCGAUGCCUGUCGUCUCUAUGUGCUGCAGGGAGGCCUAGCUCAGCAGGAGUGGCGUGUUCCAGAGCUCCUCCACAGGUUGCUACAAUACCUGGAGCCCAAACUCACACAGGUCUACAAGAAUGUGAGGGAACGAAUUGGGAGCGUGCUCACAUACAUCUUCAUGAUUGAUGUCAACCUGCCAUACACUCAGCCGACCACCUCCCCGCGCAUCUCUGACUUCACAGACCGAAUACUGCUGCAGCUGAAGCCUCUAACCGAGGGUGAUGAGGAGAUCCAGAAUCACGUGACUGAGGAGAACGAGGUGGGAGUGCAGGACGAGAGGACGCAAGCCAUCAAGCUACUCAAAACAGUGCUGAAAUGGCUCAUUUCAAGUGCUGGUCGCUCCUUCUCCACUGCUGUGCCAGAACAACUACAGUUGCUUCCUCUGCUCUUUAAGAUCGCUCCAGUUGAGAAUGAUGACAGUUACGAUGAACUGAAGAGAGACGCGAAGACCUGUCUUUCUCUGAUGUCUCAGGGACUCCUCUACCCAGAACAGAUCCCCAUGGUCCUCAGUGCCCUACAGGAGAUUGCUGGCAGCAGCUCCUGGCAUGCUCGCUACACGGUGCUCACAUACCUCCAGAUUAUGGUUUUUUACAACCUGUUCACCUUCAUGAGUGACCAGAAAGCGGUGAAUAAUGUCCGGGCACUGGUGAUAAGACUGCUGGAAGAUGAGCAGCUGGAGGUAAGAGAAAUGGCUGCCACUACACUCAGUGGCUUUCUUCAGUGCAAUUUCCUGUCCAUGGACGCCCCCAUGCAGGCACAUUUUGAGGCUCUCUGUAAGACUUGCUUGCCUAAGAAGAGGAAAAGGGACCUCGGCUCUAUAGUGGACACUAUACCCUCUGCUGACUUAGUGCGGCGCCAUGCUGGUGUUCUUGGAUUGAGUGCUUGUAUUCUGUCAAGCCCAUAUGAUGUGCCCACCUGGAUGCCCCAGCUGUUAAUGGACCUGAGUGCUCACCUAAAUGACACACAACCCAUUGAAAUGACUGUGAAGAAAACCCUGUCAAAUUUCCGACGGACUCACCAUGACAACUGGCAGCAACAUAAGCAGCAGUUCACAGAUGACCAGCUGCUGGUCUUGACUGACUUACUGGUCUCCCCUUGUUACUAUGCCUAAAACCUGUCUGGGACAACCCCAGAUUAAGAUACCAGCCUGCAUGAAGGAGGAGGCCCCAUUUCUUGACUGACAAAAGAUCCAGCAUCGCCCUGGAAGAAGAGAGCCACACAAAGCAACUGAGUUGUGGAUCACAUAAGGAUUGAAAAGUUGUGUAUUUAUGUAUUUAGCUCAUUUACAUUUCUACUAUACUUAAUAUUUAAGGAUCAGUCAUAGCAGGGAGGAAUGACCUGCAGUUUGUAACAUUACUGUACAGUUUUUUUUUUCCCUUUUUUGUUUUUUUUUGGUUUGUGUGCACGGAUGUAUGUGUGUGUGCGCGUGUUUACGGGAUGCUUGAAGACAUCUGCCAGUGUCCCACACAUUUCUCAGGAUUCAAUCCCAAGUAUCAACUCUGAGCCAACACAUUGUCCAGUGUAGGACACACUCUUUACUAUCAUGCAAUAGUGAAGUGUUUGUUACAAGCCACAGAGAAUUGAACAAUGGUCUCCUUUAGAUUAGACUGACACCUGCAGCACGAUGUUUGUGUGGCUGUUUGCUCUAUACAUGGUCAUAUGCAUCAUGUGCGUUCAUGUCAUGGUAUAGCAAAUAUGCACACAACAUAUUUAUUUAUUUAUUUUACUUUUUUUGAAGUGCUAAGUUUUAAUUUUUUUCAUAGAAAGUGUUUCUGAGUAGCUGAGCUUUUUUAGCAGUGGAGCCUAUUCUCAUCACCUUGCAGAGAAAGGGAGAGGGCAAGCUCCCCCCUGCUGCUGUGCUGUGUGACGCGUUUGCUGUGAGGACCUGAGCACAGUUUUUCAUGCGAUUCGGUGCAAGAAAAUAACCAAACCGCCUAUCCAUAAUUGUGACCUCUUCCCUCUUAUUCUCUGAUAUUUACCUUUUUUUUUUUUUCUAAACCUCACUUUGGUUUGUGUAUGUUUUCCCCUGAUGACUUGAAAUCAGUCCAAGCAUUGAAGCAUUUAGUACCUCACUUAUGUAUAGUGUAGUGCCAAAACUGCAGUGAAUAUUAUAUAAUUUUUUUUUUUUAGAUGUACUGUUUUGCUUAUUGACUGAGACGGAAAUAAAUUGUUUGUAACAAAAA